CGUGGUGGGCGGGGGAGGCGGGCUGAAAGUUGGAGCGAGCAGGAAGUGGAGCCCGGCUGCCCCAGGAGGAAGCCGACCAGCAAGUGUGCAGCCGCCGGGCCGCAGCCGCCGGGGACAUGGAGGAGGCCAGCGGAGGCGGGGAAAAUGACCGAGUGCGGAACCUGCGGAGUGAGGUGGAGGGAGUCAAGAAUAUUAUGACCCAGAAUGUGGAGAGGAUCUUGGCCCGAGGCGAAAACCUGGAUCACCUCCGCAACAAGACCGAGGACCUGGAAGCCACUUCCGAGCACUUCAAGACCACGUCGCAGAAGGUGGCUCGAAAGUUCUGGUGGAAGAAUGUGAAGAUGAUUAUCAUCAUCUGUGUCAUUGUUUUUAUCAUCCUCCUCUUCAUUAUCCUCUUUGCCACUGGUGUCAUCCCCACCUAGGGAGCCUCUCCCUCCCCGCCCUGCUCUUCAGGGGCCACCUGCCAUCACGGGGGCCGUGAGGGGCCCUCUCGCCUGUCUCCCUCAGGAAUGCUGCUUGUCCCCCUGAAGCCCCAGAGGGCACCCUGGUACCCCGGAAGGAGAGAACUGGACUAUGGCUGCAUUUCCCGGGGCCUCAGAGUGGGUGGAGAGACCCCGCAGAACCCACAUGUGGCUGGGGACCUAUUGGUGGCUGGUGGGCAAUAAAGACCUUUCAAUAUCCCUGA